GCUCGCAGCCCGCGGUGUCAUGAUCUCCGUGGCGUUAGCGUUCCCCUCUUUCGCUCUCGCUACCCCGAUGCGACCGUAGCGGCCUCGUGCUGCCUCGUGCGUGCGCCGUGCACCGUCGCGGGGGUUGUCACCCCAACAAGCGGUGCGUGUGUCGCGUGUCGCCGGACCGGCGACAGUGUGCCAGUGAAUACAGUGGAUACAGUGCAGUGACGAGCGUGAGGAUUACGGAUUACCCCCAACCACCCCCAACUCCAGGCCGGCGGCCGUCCGCCACGUUCGAGACCUUCUUCACCCCGGGCAUGCGCUGUUGAAAACCGGGCCAUGGACGACAACACGUCCAUCGUGCUGGCGCUGCAGCUGCUGGCGCUGUGCUGCAUCGCCUGCGCCCUGCUGCUCUACCUGCUGAGGAGGAUUCGGCCGCAGCCCGCCAGCCUGCAGACCAAGGAGGCGCUGCACGCCGAUCCCGAGGACGUGCUGACGGGGCGCGCGGCGGGCCGCUCCGUGCUCAUCACGUGCUGCGACACGGCCCUGGGCCUGCAGCUCGCCAUGCACCUCAGCAACGUGGGCUUCCGCGUGUUCGCUGGGCUGCGCGCCGCCGACUCCGAGAAGGACGGCGGCCAGGACGCCGCAGGCGUGGACUCGGUGUGCGGCCGGCUGCUCCGCGCGCACGCCAAGCACCAGGAGGCGGUGUUCGGCGACCUGCCCUACCAGGGCUGCCUCGUCACGCUGCCCAUGGACGUGACCCGCGAGGACGUCCUGCACGAGGCCAUGGACGUCAUCCGCAGGCACCUCCCCGCCGGCCACGACGGCCUGCACGCGGUGAUCAACACGGCGGGGCUGUGCACCCGAGGCCGCCUGGAGGUGCAGGAGAACGUGCACUGGGACGCGCUGCUCAAGGUGAACGUGGUGGGCGCCCUGAGGACCGCCAGGGCAUUCCUGCCGCUGCUCAGGAACAACAAGGGCCGCCUGCUGAACGUGGGUGCCCCCGGCGCGCUGGGCGGCGACGCGGGCGCGGGCGCCGUGGCUUACACCGCGGCGCGCUACGCCGUGGAGGGCGCCACCAACGCCCUGCGCGCCGAGAUGGAGCCCCUGGGGGUGUCCGUCAUCAGCCUGCAGCCACCCGAGGGCGCCACCGGCGAGGCGCUGUUCCAGCCGCCCAGGGAGGCGUCGGAGCACCACGACGUCCUGGGCGCGACGGCGCUGCACGCCGUGGAGGAGGCCCUGCUCAGCGACAAGCCCAAGCCGCGCUACCAGCUGCGCGAGCGCGUCGGCCUGCUGCGCGCCGUGAUCCCCCACAUGGCCGUCGGCAAGCACGCCGCCUGAGGGCGGCCGCCACCGCGCGCGUCGCGAGCGCCCCGAUGUCUUCCGUGAAGACCGACAAGGCCGCGCUCGUGGACGCAAUGUAUCGUUUGCUCAUUUUUACGCCAGCCAUAAUGUACCCAAGCCUGUCAGGCCUGUUAGUGCGAGAGAGGGGGAAGUCCAGCAGUGCGCGUGCCCGCUGGGACGCUCCACAGUGGGCCAGAAGACCGGUGGAGGCGGCCAAAACUCCAGACGCGUUUUGAGCUCUAGAGUCGCUUA